ACAUCAAACAAAAACAUGGCUCCACGUGUUGACAGAGGGUUCCUGUGUGUUGUUAUGUGUGUUUUCAGUCUGUCAGGCUGUCUGAUGUCAGAGGAAGGCUGUUCUUCUCUGGUCUCAGCUCUGAGCUCCAACCCCUCCCAUCUGAGAGAGCUGGACCUGAGCUACAAUCAUCCAGGAGACUCAGGAGUGAAGCUACUGUCUGAGGGAUUGAAGGAUCCUCUCUGGAGACUGGACACUCUCAGGGUGGAGCCUGCUGGAGUCAGAUGGUUGACACCAGGUCUGAGGAAGUAUUCCUGUCAACUCACAGUCGACACGAACACAGUGCACAGAUACCUCAAACUCUCUGACAACAACAGGAAGGUGACAUUAGUGAAGGAGGAUCAGCCAUAUCCUGAUCAUCCAGAGAGGUUUGACUCCUGGGAACAGCUGCUGUGUAGAGAUGGUCUGACUGGUCGCUGUUACUGGGAGGUCGAGGUGAGAGGAUCUGUUGAAAUAUCAGUGAGUUACAGAGGAAUCAGGAGGAGAGGAGGCAGAGAUGACUGUGUGUUUGGAUGUAAUGAUCAGUCCUGGAGUCUGAUCUGCUCUGGUGGUCGUUACUCUGUCAGUCACAAUGACAGAAGAACAUCCAUCUCCUCCUUCCCUGAACUUGAUCUCCACGGGUACUCAUUCCACCACCACCUCUUCUUCUCUGAUAGAGUAGCAGUGUAUGUGGACGUUCCUGCUGGCUCUCUGUCCUUCUACUCAGUCUCCUCUGACUCACUGAUCCACCUCCACACCUUCAACACCACAUUCACUCAGCCUCUCUAUCCUGGGUUUGGGUUCAAUUAUUCUGGUGUCUCUGUGUCCCGUGGAGGACGGAGAUUCUCCUCCUGUUUCUCACUGCUGAACAGUUGAGUCUGUACAGGAUCACCCUCACAGAAACA